GUUUUCCAAAGUAUACGAACGUAAAGGAAACAUUAUGGUCGCGUUUUAGGGAAAAAUUAUUUAAUUAUCAACUUAUUUCUUACGAACUUCUAAUAAGAUAAGGUUCCGGUAAUCUUAUCGACUGCUUCCGGUAUUUUUAUUGUUUUAUAGUAAUUAUUUUAGAGUCUAGAGUGAGUUUCGUGAAUUAUUAUUAAAAAUGUCACAAAGCGAAAAAGACUAUAAGGAGCGACUGAUAGCGAUAGUGAAAAAAGAGGUGAAGCAAUUAAUGGAAGAAUCAGUCACUAAGAAAUUCGUCCACGAAGAAAGCGGCUGUGUAACGUCGUUGUGUGGAGCUGUAGAGGCCUGCCUAUCACAGGGUUUAAGAAGAAGAGCUCUUGGUUUGUUCAAGACUUCUUCGACAACGGCUCUUUUACACAAAAUAGCCAAGCACAGCCCUGAAGCGGCUAAGAUAUCUAAGAAAGUUGAAGAAUUGGAAAACGCAGAUCCAACUAGGAGAUCUUCUAGCAGUAGCGAUAGCGUCACCAAACCAACUUUGAAGAAAAAUACUUCUUUACCUAGUAAUCCGCUGCCAAAGUAUCUCUGGAUAAGAUUAGCCCUAUUUGACAAACAGCUAGCCAAAAUAAUAGAUUACUUAGUAUCAAACGCUCAAAAGUAUUACGAUAAAGACGCUUUAGUAGCAGAUCCAGAAUACGGAACAAUUCUAAGUUCAUUAAUGAUGGGUCCUUGCGCUUUGGACUACUCCAGAAUGAAGAACCACGACCACUAUUGGACGGAUCCGCCAGCUGACGAAUUAGUACAGCGACAUAGAAUUUCUAGUGCUCAUUCAACACCGCCUUCAGUUCGUAGACCGAUACUGAAUUUUAGAAGGUCCUUGAAUACCAGCUCUGAAGAUGUUAUUACUAAUCGGUCCGCCACUCAACAGAUAGCCAAAGAUUACGUGGAAACUCUACAUCAAAAUUCGAAAGCUACUUUACUUUUUGGGAAAAACAACGUAUUAGUUUUACCCGUAAAUUCGGAUUUAUUGAAACCUAUACCCGGAUAUUUAAGUUUGCAUCAAAUGGCGUCAGGAUUAGCUAUUAAAUGGACGCCCAAUCAACUAAUGAAUGGUUUUGUCGAAGAAGCCUAUGACAAAAGUAUUUACUGGGAUUAUGCAUUGAACGUUCGAUUAGACGAGAUAGUUUACGUUCAUUGUCAUCAGGAUAGUGAAACGGGCGGAACUGUGAUAUUAGUUGGACAAGACGGUGUACAAAGGCCUCCGAUACAUUUCCCUAAAGGUGGACACAUGUUAGCGUUUCUAAGUUGUAUAGAAACGGGAUUAUUACCUCACGGUCGGUUAGAUCCUCCAUUAUGGUCUCAAAGGACAGGGAAAAACCACACGAAAAGAAGAAGACCUUUAUCGGCUUUGACGGAAAUGCAAGAAAAUAGUAAAGAUUACGUUUUUAGGAUUAUUGAUAAUACAUGUAAUCACAAAGAUAUAUUAAAACGUAAUCAACUGUUAGACACGCACGCUUCAUUGCCUACAAAAGUUAGGUUACAAUUAGGUAGUACCAGCACAAGCUCAGAAAGUUCUUCUAAGAGCUUCAGCUUAGAUCAGAACGUUCCUGAUAGUCCUCCGAGUGUUUGCAUCCAAGCCGUAUGCGAUUCAAUGAAAAGACAAAUUAUUUCAAGGGCAUUCUACGGAUGGUUGGCGUAUUGUCGACAUCUUUCCACUGUCCGGACACAUCUUAGCGGACUUGUUAACACAAAAAUAGUAAAUGGCGAAGGUGCUAACGAAGGAAUAACACCAGAAAAAUGGAAAGAAUUAUGUUUAGAUGGUGUAGUAUCUGAUUAUGCCGAAAUUUAUAGGUUAACUUAUUUUGGUGGAAUAGCUCAAGAGUUGAGGCAUGAAAUUUGGCCGUAUCUACUUGGUCAUUACAAAUUCGGAAGUACUUUUGAGCAGAGAAACGAAUUGAGCGAAGAAACAAGACAAGCGUAUGAAAAUACGUUGUCGGAAUGGUUAGCAGUAGAAGCAAUAGUAAAGCAAAGAGAUAAAGAGAACCAAGCACACGCUAUAGCUAAAUUAAGUAGUGAGAGUACUUCAACUGAACAAGUACCGCCCCCAGUACAAGAAGAAUUAUGUAACGAAGUGUUUGCAGAUGGAGUUAUAACUGACGAAGAAGAUGAAGAAGAAUCGUUAGAAGAAGAUAAAGAAAGGAAUAAGAAAGAGUCGAUACAAAAUAAGCAAAAUACUAUUAAAUAUGUUAGCGACGAAGAAGAUUCGGGAAAAGAAGCUGAAAAUAUAAUUGAUACAAUUGAUGAAACUGAUAAAAUAUGUAACGAUACGGAUGAAAUAGUACCAGAUAGGAAGCAAGAUAACGAAAAAUCUUUGGUAAAAAUAAAUGAAGAGCUAAAAGACUUUAUCCAUAAUGUGAUUGUAAUAAAUGCGAGCGUGGAUAUAUGUAAUUUAGGAAACGAAAGUCCAAGGAUGUCCAACCUCGAUGCAGUUACAGAAGAAAAUAAUUCUUCUUUAGAUACAUGUAUAGAAACUCAUGGAUUAGCUUCACCGGCUAGAUCUGCUUGCGUAUCACCUGCCAGCUCUAACGGAGGCGUAUACAGUCAAGAGCUUCUCGAAACGUUCGGCCUAAAUUUACAUCGAAUAGAAAAAGAUGUACAAAGAUGUGACAGAAAUUUUUGGUAUUUCAUGGAAAAGGAAAAUUUAGAUAAAUUGAGAAAUGUGAUGUGCACGUAUGUUUGGGAACAUUUGGAUAUUGGGUACAUGCAGGGUAUGUGUGAUUUAGUAGCGCCCCUGUUGGUAAUAUUCAACGAAGAAUCGUUAACUUACGCCUGUUUUUGUCAUUUAAUGGAAAGAAUGGUUGAAAAUUUUCCCAAUGGAAACGCCAUGGAUUGUCAUUUCGCCAAUAUGAGAUCGCUGAUACAAAUUUUGGAUUCGGAAAUGUACGAAUUGAUGCAAUCUCAUGGAGAUUAUACGCAUUUUUAUUUUUGUUAUAGAUGGUUUUUAUUGGAUUUUAAACGAGAACUGAUGUAUCCUGAUGUUAAUGCUACUUGGGAGGUUAUUUGGGCUGCACAACAAGUAGCUUCGGCACAUUUCGUUUUAUUUUUAGCCCUUUCCCUUUUGGAAACAUACAGAGAUAUUAUCAUUUCCAACGGGAUGGAUUUUACUGAUAUUAUUAAGUUUUUUAAUGAAAUGGCCGAAAGACAUAAUGUACAAUCAGUAUUACAAUUAGCCAGAGAUCUCGUUCUUCAAUUACAAAUACUUAUAGAAAACAAAUGAAUAUAUCGAAUUUCGAAAAAUUCUACAAAAAAAUCUAGAUUUAAGUAAAAGAAAUAUACAAGGUGGGCAAUCUAUAAUACAAAAAUCUGUAGGUUAAUCACCUUCUAAAACAUAAGGAUGCGACGCUGAACUGUCUAGUAGAUUUUUUAGUAAGACAAAAACAAAAUCAAUGGAAAGAUGUGAUUAAAUGUGAAUUUUUAUUUUUCUACGAAAAAUUUUCAUUUAACGAGAUAUAUUAAAUAGAUAUAUAUAUAUGAAAAAAAAGUAUAUUUUGUUAUACUAUGGAAAAUAUACGGUAUUUACCUACUUUAUACGUUUGGGUUUGUUAGUUAAAAUAUAAAUUUAUAAUUGCAAAUCACCUAGACACAUCUACCACAGUAUAAAUUUUCAUUACCCACAUUUUUCAAAAAAAGGUGAUCCAGUCUCUAGGAUAGAUAGAAAACUAAUAAUUUUUGCGGUUUGCUCAGUAAAAAAUUUUCGCAUUCAAGAUAAAGGACGUUGAAGAAAAAAAUUCACAUUUUUUAAAGAUUUUUCCGCAACUACUGGCAAAAAUGUAUAUAAAUUUUAUACGAAUAUAUUUUGGAAGGUGAUCCAUUCAAUGAAUUUGUUUUUAUGUCUGACUCUCAUAGAGGGCGCUAGUUACACGGUUCGUACCAACUAGUAUCAACAUAACUUUUUAAAUAUUAGAUUUAUUAAGCAAAAUUUCAAGUGGACUUAAACAUAUUUAAUUUUACACCAAGAAGUUACUCUUGAUAAAACUCGAUACUGUAUAAAUAUUUGUAUAAAAUUUUUUUCAUCAACGCACUUUUUCUUGAAUACGAAAAUUUUUUACCGAGCAAACCCCAAAUAUUUUACAGUUUUCUAUCUAUCCUAGAGACGGUAUUACCUUUUUUGAAUCACCCUAUAUAAAUGCAUAACGAGUGAUUUAUUUGAAAAAAAAGUUAACUUGGCAACAUUACAUAUUUAUUUAUAAAAAAAAAUAGUUAUUUCUUAUACAACGGAAAAAGUAUUUGAUUUUAGCUUGUAUAAAACACAAUUUUUUAUGAGGUGGUUUAAACGAUGAUUUACUGUUGCAAAAAUUAUAUUAAUACAAUAAUCAAGUAAGGAAAUUUUCGACGUGAGUUUGAAUUAUGAAAUUAGUAAUUGCAGCUAUUCACUGGCGGAUAUUUUCCUUUAGCUGACUGAUAGCCCACGGAUUGUUUUUGUAGACUUUACGUUUGAGGUAUCUCCACGAAAAAAAUUAAGAGGCGUCAAGUCAGGGCUACGUGGAGGCAAAGGGUUAUCACCUCUUUUGGAAAUUAGUCUUGCAGGAAAUAUCUGUCUCACAGUCGCCAUUUGAUAUGUGACAAGACGCCCUCCAUCUUAUUGGAAACAAGUUCUCGUAUAUGCUAUUUUGAAGUCAAAUAUCUCUCUAAAAUCGCAACAUAGCGGUCGGUGUUAACGGUGAUGUUUCAACCUCGUGAAUCUUCAAAGAAGAAAGUGCCAAUAAUUCCUUUGCUUGAAAUUACUGUCCAUACCGUUACUUGCUUUAUGUUUGGAUUUUUUUCGACAAUUUUGUCGGUUUACGAACUUAUUUAAACGAAAAUUUGAAAAAAAGAUGUUGUCAAAAGUGGAAAAUCGACUAAGCAUUUCGUCGGCAAAUGCUACAAAGUCGGUAUCUUUUAACUCCUGUGUUAACUGGAGCUUAUAAGGAUGCAGUUUAAUAUCAAAUUUCAAAAUUCGCUGUAAACUUCGUAGCAACAAGUUAAAGCCGCCGAUCGCUUCAUAUUGGAUAAAAGCGGAUUUUUUUCGUACUGACCCAACUCCAAGAGGAGUUCUUGGACGACCUUUUGCUGGUGGUUUAAACGUAGAACCGGUAUCUUCAAAACGCUUAACCCAUAUUUUGAAAUAAUGUUUGCAGGUAGAUGUGUCUUCAAUAAAAACGGUUAUGUGUUUUAGCUUAACCCAUUAGUGACCACCUGCAACUAAAGUCGCGUGACAAUUUAGAAUUUUCUGAGAAUCAGAAAUUUUCAUGACAAUCUUUGAAUAUUGAAAUGGCGGAGGUAAAAUAUGAACAGUUAGUUUAGAUGAAGACUAAUAGUGGAAGGGAGUUGAGUAACUCUUUUUUUAUUAUCUGCAUGAUUUCAUUGUGGAAAAGGGAAAGUUAUUUUCUUCCUAAUAGAAUCUAGUGAAUAGUUUUUGAUUAUGGUCAAACAAUUAUGUUCAAAUUUCGAUGCAACUAAAGUUGUUGUUGAAAAUACUGAAAAAUUUUCGUAUUUUGCUAUAGAUCGGAUGCAAUUUUACAACGAAAAUUUAUGAAAAAAAAUUCAUAUUUUUGAUAAAUUGAGAACAAAACUUGAAUAAACUUAAACUACCUCUACAAGAUACACAUUCAUUUUCUUGAGAAGUAUGGAAAAAAUGUCAAAUUUAUUAUGGUCAGAAGAAAUGACAAAAAUAUCGUUACAGUUUUGAAAAAUUGUGUUCUAGGGCCUCAAAAUCCACGAAUAAGUAUUCUAAAAAGAAUCUCGAUUCAAAUGACUCUAUUUCAUAUGGGAGAAUUCGAUUUGGUCGAUCAAAUCAUUCGCAUAUAAUAUAGAAUAGGAAUAAGGUCUAAAAAAAGGGGUGGCUUUUUCUGAAUGAUGAAUAUUUGUAUAGGUAUUACAUAGGUAGUUAGGUUCUAAUAUAGACCAGCGUUGGAUUAAGAAGUAGUGGGGACUGGAGCUAAAAUUGACCCGGGGAGCACUUAAGUAAAUCUAAAUCAUCUCGAAAGUACAAAAUUUUCAAUUAUUUCAUUAAAAUUCAUACUGUAACAAUUCAUUUUCAAAAAAUGGAAAUUUUGCUCUAGAUCCAAUAUUGCUUCUGAAAUAAUUGGACAAAUUAGUAAUUUUGCGGGUCCCCUACGUGCUCGGGGCUUGGAGCUUCAGUCACCGCUAGACCCUCCCUAAAUCCUUUUGAUUGUGAAAAGGGAAUCUAAAUAUAAAGUGUGUGUAUGGUGUUAAAAUCUAACUAUUUACUUAUCUAAGAAAUUUCGGAAUAUUUUUUUGGGUACCACCAACUAUAAAAUAUAAAUUGUUGACGUUUAGACAAAAAAUUGAUUAAAUAUAUUAUUGAAAAACUUAGAUUUUAAUUCAGACUGUAAAUUAAUUGAUAAAAAUAAUUUCCAAACGAUUUGAUGUCAUUAUCCUGAAUUAGUUGGUAGAAAUUAAUCCUUAAGUGAUCAGAAGCAACUUUAGUUGCUUGGGCUUGAUUCCUUUGACGAUUAUUUAUUUAUUCAAGACCAUUUCGAAAGAAACUGUUCAGAAAAAGCUUUGGGCAUUAAUAGGUUAAUCAAUAUAAAUACAAACUUUAUUUUAAUUUGAACGGCUACGUUAUAAAGAGGACGAAAUGGUUGGAAAAGCGAAUAUAGUUUGCUUUAUAAACAUUGGCGCUCGCGCUGACGUUCGCGAGCGUUUGUUUGUGUUUAUAAAACACACUUCGUAAACUGUUUAAUUUAUGUUGAAUUGAACAAAAAAUCCUUAGAACUUCCAAAAUCAAAUUUUUGUUGUUUCACAUUUUAAAUUGUCUCAAAAUUUAGAAUAAUAGAAAGAAUAUUAGUAAAAUAUGUAGCAAAAUUGUUUAGUGAGGGCACUUUGAACAAAAUACACAAAAAUUAGUAAAUAUAUAAAGUAAGUAAGGUAAAUUUGUGACAUUCAAUCUAAAACUAAAAAGCAAAUUAGAAAAAUUGUGAUAAUUUUCUCGAUUAGGACCAUAUUUUUAAACCUCCAUGGUAACAUAAAAUAGUAGAUACCUAAACAUGAUUUAUAGAAUUCAAAGUUAUUGGUAUAUUACCAGAAAUAUUUAAUAAUACGAGGAAGGUUUCAAGGAGAACCUGGUUCAACAAAGAAAACAAAAA